CGCCUCGCGAAUCCGGUUGCUGGGGUAACCAACCCCCAGAUCAGUAAGAAAAGGGCGGCGAGACAGAACUUAAACAAAAGGCUCCAUGCAUACAAUCUUCAAUCCCCGUCACAACGUCAGGUUCAACGUCCAAAAGCUUAUAUUAAAUCUUUAGCCUCAUCUCGGCGCUUGCAGCUGUCGGAUGAGGAAGGUUCAACCUUGGCUGCCCUGCCCGUUAAAGACAGGCUCCAUCGUUGAACGCGUUUCUUAUCCUAAACAUCGCUACUUUACACCACACAUGGCAACAAUCAACCCUGUAUCUACCCUAGUCUUAGCAUCUCUGCUUUGCUUAUAAACAUUUGCUCUAGUCGUCUAUCUAGACGGCGGCGACGACGACGAGCAUCGUAUUUAUCAGGUAUUAUGGCAUCAAUCAACGAAUAUCAUGUCUCGGCGAACAUCAGCCCCAGUGCUGCGCGACAGCAACAGCAACAGCAUCAUCGUUCCAAAUCCAAAGGCAACAUACUCAGAACACUUAUUCAUAGACGAAACAAUUCCGAUGGCUCUCCACUACCACCUACCGAAUUAAUUCCGCCGAACUAUGUUCCCGAAUCCUCUUCAUCCAGGCAAGAGAUAGCUGGAUUCCCCAAUUUCUCCCGUCCCGCCGCCCUAGGCGAGAUCCAGCAGAACCAAAUCAGCAUCGUUCCUCGGUCGCCCCCCAAACAGUACGAGCCGCCGAGUGCUCCCUCAUCCCCAACCAAGAAGACAUUCAACACGGUUUCGGCGAAACCGACGACUACGAAGGAGGCGGAGAAACUAGCCAAGCAGGCCAAGCAGAACGAAGGCAAACCCAAGAAAACAAAGUCGGCCACAAACCUCGUGGGCUUCCUGAGCCGCCCCAAGAGCACGAAGAAUCUUCAAGAAACGGCUACUGAAGAAGAGAUGCGCUUCAAGAAGAACAAGGAGAACCACCCGCCCCCGCGGACGCCCCAGAGACCUCCCAUCUACGCUCAAUUCUCGAGCGGCGCGCUGGAAAAGCAGAACGAGCAGGACUUCGCAAAGAACAAGAGCAGUCUAGACGUACCUAGCUACCCCUCUUCUAAGAGCGGCGGAUCGAGCACACGCACCAGCAAAGAGCGACCUAAAUCGUACCACGCGCCUUACGUCCAAUCCCCGGAUAUGCGGAAUAGCGGAAGCAGCGGCAAGACCUCACCAUCUAAGAUACAGCGUGGUCUCAGACUAUUUACCGGCGGCACCGGAUCGCAGAGCAGGCCUACUUCAGCGGGACUAGCCGAGCCCGUCCUCGACCCCAAGGACAUCGACAAGCAUCUUGAAGCCAUGUUAGACCGACGAAAUAUCCCCGAGCACCAGCGGUACAAGAUGCGGAAUCUGGCGGACACCAUCAAGAUGGAAUUCAUAAGGCAGGACUGGGCCGAGAGUCGCGGGCUCCAUCACACCCGGCCCGAAAGCGUCGGCAGCGACUCCAGCAUCAGCGUCCAGCAGGCGAAUGAGAACCGCAAGGCCAAGAAGUCUCGCGGCCGAAGCUUUACCUUAUCGCGGAACAAGAAGUCGGAGAAUUCAUCGCCCAAGAAACAGAAGGGCGAAGGUUCCAUAGGACGGCACUUUCGCAGUCGAUCAACGGACAGCGUCGCUAGUGAACGGCCUACUUCCGCCGGGUCGGGCUCGGGCGGUGGCAUAUUUUCCAAGGUAAAGUCGCAACAGGGUCCCGGAGAUUUCGUCGCCUACCUGCGUAAGGUCCAGAAACCCGAGUUGGUCGAAGUCGGUAAGUUGCACAAGCUACGUCUGCUGCUCCGGAACGAGACGGUAGCCUGGACGGAGGAGUUUAUACGACAGGGCGGGAUGCAGGAAAUUGUAGCGCUGCUGCAUCGUAUCAUGGAGGUUGAAUGGAGAGAGGAACACGAAGAUGCUCUCCUUCAUGAGAAUCUGCUCUGUCUCAAAGCGCUGUGCACCACAGCCCUCGCGCUGCAAUACCUUCAUUCGAUUCAGGCGACUCUGUUCCCCGCUCUGCUACACAUGCUCUUCGAUCCUGAAAAGAAAGGACCCAGCGAAUUUACCACCCGUAACAUCAUCACAUCUGUAUUAUUCACCUACAUACAAUCUGCCGCGCCUUCUGACCGUCCCGUCCGUGCCAAGACGGUACUUGGCCAUUUGCGCGACCCAGAGCCAAAAGAGGCCGAACGACCAAUUGGCUUCGUACUCGAGAUGCACCGAGAACGUCCCUACCGUGUAUGGUGCAAGGAGGCCGUCAGUGUCACCAAGGAGGUAUUCUGGAUCUUCCUGCACCAUCUCAAUGUGGUCUACUUGCCGCAAGAGAAGGAGGCCAAAGAAAGGGCCGGCCCGUCGGGAAUCGAUAGCGCUACUUACAUGCAGCUACACUUCCCACAGGAACGGCCUCCCGUCCCCGCGGCCCCUUACGUUGGCGGUGUGGAAUGGGACGCUACAAAUUAUCUAGCUUCGCAUCUCGACCUCAUGAACGCCAUCAUUGCCUGUACCCCAACGGCAGACGAGCGCAACGCUUUGCGCGGCCUAUUCAACAUCUCGGGCUGGGAGCGCUGCAUGGGAGGCAGCUUGCGCCUAUGCAAGGAGAAGUUCUACCCGGGCGUGCAUGACGGGCUACGGACUUGGGUCGCAGCCGCAGCCGAGGACGGCUGGGACGUGCGAGGAGUAAGAUAUGGGCCGCCUGCCGAAGCGAGAAGCCCGCGCAAGAAUCAGGCGGGAGGCGGUGGGAAUAAAGGUAAGAAAAAGGAGGAAGCGCCGCCACGGAUCGACAUGCCAAAGUUCAACCUUGGCUCGGACGCUGCACGUAGCCCGGGUACUCCCGCAGGACGCUCGAGCGAGAACUGGCUCUCAUAGCUCCAAAGAAAAAAAA